ACUUUUUGGGAAUUAAACAAUCCAGCGCAACUAUUGUUUAUUUAUGAGCGUGCCAGUCGUUGGAAAAUUGAGUUAUUAACAAACAAAUUUUGGAUCUAGACCAGAGAACUAAGUAACCAAAGGCCAGCAUGGGUAACGAGACCUCCCUGCCCAUGGACAUGUGCUCCAACUUCGAUGCGGACGAGAUCCGCAGGCUGGGCAAGCGAUUCCGCAAGCUGGAUCUGGACAACUCGGGUGCGCUGAGCAUAGACGAGUUCAUGUCGCUGCCGGAAUUGCAGCAGAAUCCGCUGGUGCAGCGGGUGAUCGAUAUCUUCGAUGCGGAUGGAAACGGGGAGGUGGACUUCAAGGAGUUCAUCCAGGGAGUGUCGCAGUUUAGCGUGCGCGGCGACAAGCUGUCCAAGCUGCGAUUCGCCUUCCGCAUCUACGAUAUGGACAAUGAUGGCUACAUCUCGAACGGGGAACUCUUCCAGGUGCUCAAGAUGAUGGUGGGCAACAAUCUGAAGGACACACAGCUGCAGCAGAUCGUGGACAAGACCAUUUGCUUUGCGGACAAGGACGAGGAUGGCAAGAUAUCGUUCGAUGAGUUCUGCUCGGUGGUGGGCAACACCGAUAUCCACAAGAAAAUGGUUGUCGAUGUUUAGGCGGAGCCACACAUAUAAGUACUAUAUAUACAAAUGUGUAGAUAUGAUACUAUAUAGCCGGGUUCCGUAAUGAGUGUGUGUGUACCUUCCCUUCCUUGAAACCUGUUCAGCUUUAUAAUAAACGGUCUGUCUGUGAGUCUGUGAGGGCGUUUGAGGCGUGCCAAAAACGAAGCAGUUUACUCAAUUUAUUGAUACCCAUUGCCUAUAGGUAGUACACUUUGAUCCAAACGAUCCGAUCCGAUCGAUCUCUCUCAUCCACAGAAUGCAAUGAAUUGUGUCUUAUACUCAUACUUGAAACCACCGGCAACGGACCACUCACCAAACGAACUCAUCUAUCCCCCCUUUCCAUUCGAAAUGAUGCCAUACUCAAGACCUACGAUUGGGAUUGCUCGCAUCAUCUUAAACUAGUUUGUACUAUAUCCUAACUCUACGUUCAAUUCAAGCCUAACACUUAAGUUCAUCACUCGACUAAAUGUUGUGUAUAAGAUAUGUAAAAAAAAAAAGAAACAAAAUUGACAAAGAAACAACAACAACUACAAUUAAACACUGUUUAUCGAAAAGCUAAACUAAAAACCCCCAA